AUGAUGAAAUGCCUCAUUCAACUCUUCCGCGAACAUGUCACGGCACACCCUUCCUCUAUUGCACUCGAAGACGGAACCGUACCUGGUGUGUCCAAACAAGUGACGUACCAGGAACUGGACGAACGCUCCGACAACCUCAGUCUUCAACUACGGCAGCAUGGCGUUAGACGGGGAGACAUGGUUCCGGUACUCUCGACACGCUGCAUCGGUGCCAUUGUCGCAUUACUGGCCAUCCACAAGCUGCGGGCGUGCUACGUCCCGAUUGACCUGGACACCUGGGGCAGCGACCGGAUCGAGAACACGCUCGGCCGCGUGAAAGCAAGGCUUGUCAUCACCACGAACCGCGACACAUUUUCCGGCUGCGGAGACAAAGAGGUGAUCUACAUUCCCCACGAUGGUGAAGUGCUGGCCAGCCCACCAACGCCACCCGAUUCUCCACGCGACGAAGAUACACCCGAAUGUGAUGGCGAGGACUGGGCGUACGUGAUCUUCACCAGCGGUUCAACGGGCAACCCCAAGGGCGUCAUCAUCAACCAAAGAUCCAUCUCAUCCCUCGUGACGGAGCAGAACUCGCUGCCUUUCAACCUGCACGCGAGCGUCGACAGCAGAGUGCUGCUGAUUUUCUCCUUCGCAUUCGACGCAUGCACCUACGUCAUCUUCAGCACCCUCUGCAACGGUGCCACGCUCGUCCUCGCCAGCCCGACCACUCUGGAGGAUGUGGCCCAGACAUGCCACAUCUGGAUUGCCACCCCGAGCAUCCUCGGCGCCAUGGACCCGUCGCGCGGCUACGACAAGGCAUCGCUGAUCAUGGUGGGCGGCGAGAAUCCCACGCCCUUCCUCGUCGACAGCUGGAGCGCCGAGCACCGCCGGCUCAUCAACAUCUACGGCCCCACCGAGGCGACGUGCACGGUGCUGAUGUACGAGAUGCGGCCGGGCGAGCCCAUCGCCAUGGGCGUGCCCAUCUCCUUCUGCACCGUGCUACUGGUCGACGACGAGGGCAACGAGGCUGCCGACGAGGGCGAGAUGCUGCUCGGUGGGCCCGGUGUCGCUGUCGGCUACUACGAGGACGAGGUGCUGACGCGGGCCGCCUUCAUCGAGCGCGGCGGCGAGCGCUUCUACCGCACCAAGGACCACGCCCGCCGCACGCCGCACGGGCUCGUCUUCUGCGGCCGCAAGGACGCCGUCGUCAAGAACCGCGGCUUCCUCGUCAACCUGGAGAGCGAGGUCGAGCCGGCGUUGCUGGCGUGCAGCGAGGCCAAGGGCGCCGCCGCCGUGUCAUGCCGCGGUGCUCUCGUCGGCUUCGUCACGCCGCGGCGCGAGGCCGACGGGCUUCGUGACCGCCUGCUGGCCAGGCACUCGGCAUUCCUUGUGCCCGACGUCAUCUAUGGCCUCGACGCCUUCCCGUCGACGGGAAACGGCAAGGUGGAUCGGAAGGCUCUGACCGCUCUGCAUGAGCGGACCCAGCUGCCGCAGUUCAUCACUCCCGAGGUGUUCCUCCAGGGCGUGCGUGACGCCGGAAAAGAGCUGACACCGCUCGAGGCCGUGCGGCACGCCGUCUGCAUGGUCCUGCGCAUCGUUCAGGCCCGUGUUGACGACGGGGCCUCGUUCCGCGCGCUCGGCGGCCACUCGCUGGCGGCAGUCAUGCUGGUGUCCACGUUGCGGAAGCUCGGCUUCCACACCGACGUUGUUUCCGUCUUUUCCCUGGACACUGUGAGUGCCAUCGCGGCCGCAGUGCGGACGAUCGAGCCGGACCACGGCGGAGAUGAUACCUGCUUCGACCACGACCGGACACGUUUUGCUGAGAAGCUCGGCCCGGCUUCAUCCCAGGCCGCAGACGUGGCUCCCGCUACGGACAUGCAAGUCCGCAUGGUCCGCGGUACCCUUGAUGAUCCGUCUUUGAACUUCAUCAAGAUCGGCCUGUCUUUCGACCACGGAACGGAUUCGACUUUCCCGGAAUCGCUCCGGGCAGCGUGGGAGCAGCUUUCUCGGAGACAUUCGAUCCUGCAGUCGUCGUUCCAUCUGUCCUCCUCUGAGCCGUUGCAGGUGAUGCACAAACAGGCUGAAGUCCGCUGGCAGGAGGUCGUCGUCUCGUCGGAAGAAGCGUGGCAAAAGAUGGCCGAUGUUUCCAGGAAAAUCGAGCCGGAAGAGCUCACUUCGUUCGACGAACAAGAUCAAAAUGCUCUUUCUAGAGUACAGGUUGUUCUCUUGCCCGGCGUCAGAUGUCGUCUCGUUUGGACGGUACAUCACUCGCUCGUGGAUGGCUGGUCGGCAAGCGUCAUCCUCAACGACCUUGGGGAGCUCCUACACGGCAGAGACCUCCCCCCGUGUCCUCAGUUCUCGGAUGCUGCGUGGUGCAUGCGCCGCCUGAUCCAGCGCAACUCGCAGGCUGCCAAAGCCUUCUGGAAAGACCAGCUUGGGGAUGUUGAAGACAUCCCCCGCCUUCGUGUUCCUCCCCCGGAAGACGUGACGUGCAAAUCUUUGUCCGAGAGACAUCGCAAGCUUUCGAUAAAACUCACCGAGCUUGAAGCAGCUGCGAAAACAUAUGGCGUGACGACAGCUGCUCUAGUGUACGGUGCAUGGGCGGUCGUCCUCUCUCGAUAUUGCGACUCUCAAAAGGUGGUUCUGGGAACGGUGCUCUCGGGCAGGAGUCUGCCCCUCGGAGGCGUGGAGAAGAUCGUCGGUCCUCUGAUCAACUCCCUGCCCAUGUCGGUCAUGAUUCAAGAGAAUGCAACCGUCCCAGACUUCCUGAGGCAGGUCUUCAAAUCCAUGUGCCAGCUCCUUGACUUCCAAUGGACUCCCAACUCUCUUGUCCAAGAGGCUACGGGAAGGAAAGGUACCGAUUACUUUGAUACUCUGCUGGCCAUACAGUACGACUUCCCCGAACAUCAGUGGCCGGGUGCGAGGCUCGCUGCACCCUACGAUAUCUCGAUUGCUGAGACUACCGAGAUGCCGCUUACUGUCAUGGUUGAUGCGGCUGAGGGAUGCUUGGAUGUGAGAUUCGUAUUUCGCCCCUCCAACUUCGGCGAGUCGAUGGUCGAGCGUAUGAUUGGUCACUUUGAGAACGUUUUGCGCUUGCUCAGCCAUGAAAGCGUUCAGGUCGAAAACGGAGCGGCCGACUCGGUCGGUAAAGUGGCGGAGAAGAUGCUUAGUGAAGAAGAGCUGCAUGCUAGCCUCAACUGCACCGACUACAUCGACGAGCCGUACGAAGGACCGGAAACCCUUUCCGAUGCGUUUGAGCUCUCGCUGUCCCAAUACCCCAGCUACCGCGCGGUGGAAGGCUUGGACCGCAGCCUUACGUACAGCCAAUUGGACUCCGAGACAGCACGGGUUACCCAAGCUCUCCUUGAGCAUGGCAUCAAGGCCGGAGAUAUUGUGUGCGUCAUUGCUGACGGUUCAGUCAACUGGCUACUGGCAAUCAUGUCAGUGGUUCGGACAGGAGCCGCAUAUUGUCCCAUUGACAAUAAAUUCCCUCUGGAAAGACAGAGCUACAUGAUGUCUCUCUGCCAACCCCCAGUUGUUCUUUACCCGAGUGCUGCGCUUAGGCAAGGGCACCACGGACAUGAAGGGGCACUUCAGUUGGACGUCGAGACAAUCUUGGCCGAUGCCGAGUCAGAGGCGGACGGAAGUUCCAGCGAUGGUUGGGAACUUGCCCCCAAAAGCCGGGCUGGACCAAAUGACCUUGCGGUGAUACUCUUCACCAGCGGAACCACGGGCUUCCCCAAGGCGGUUCAACUUGAGCACAAGCCAAUUCUGUCUGUCCUGUCAUGGGGUCCGACCAGGCUGCGGUCGAAGCCCGGCCAACGCAAUGCUCAACUGCUGUCGCUUGGAUUCGACUGCUGCGUCACUGAGGUCUUUUCGAGUCUGCUGUACGGAGCUACGCUCGUGCUCAAGGACGCCGCAGACCCGCUGGCGCACCUUUCCAAGGUCGAUGCGAUUGUGGCCACACCCUCUCUGGUCACGAACCUGAACCCCGCCGACUAUCCCAACCUCAAGGUUGUCACACUGAUGGGCGAGCCGUUACCAGUGGCUCUGGCCCAGAGGUGGAUGCCGGGAAGAAUCCUGCAGAACAGUUACGGACCGGCUGAAACCACGCUCAUGACCAACGCACACCCGCUGCGUCCCGACGGUCCGAUAUCAGUGGGCAAGCCGAUUCCCCGCGUCGCCUUCUACAUCCUCGACUCCAUGGGCCGUCCUGUUCCGACUGGCGUGAGCGGCGAGAUCUUCGUGGCUUCGCAGCUGCAGGUCACACGCGGCUACCGGAACAAUGCCAACGAGACCGAGUUCCGGUUCCUGCGUGACCCGUUCCGGCCCGGCUGGAGGAUGUUCAGGUCUGGUGACAUGGGCCGUUGGGAUGAGGAGGGAAACACGCAAAUCAUCGGGCGAACCGACAGCCAGGUCAAGCUGCGAGGCUUCCGAAUCGACCUCGGCGACAUCGAGGCGACGAUCGCGAGGCUGGCUCCGAGCAUUGACAACGUCGCCGUUGUAGUAACCGGAAGUGCUCUGCGGGCUUUUGUCACGCCCGCGACGGCUGACACGCGCGCGCUGAUGGAGAGGCUCCGGGCGCACUGCCCCGAGUACAGCACGCCCAACAACAUCACUGCGCUGGAAGAGCUGCCCCUUUCGCCCAACGGCAAAGUCAACCGCAAGGAGCUGGCCAAGAUGCACCUGAGCAGGGACUCGGUGCUGGAGCCAUUGGCCACCGACACCGAGCGCGCUGUUGCCGAUGCCUGGGCCGAGCUCUUGGGCAGGGACCAGACGCAGCCUCCAAUUGGUGCUCUCGACCGCUUCUUCGACCUCGGCGGCCACUCACUGCUGCAGAUUCGGCUUGCACAGAAGCUGUCGACGCUCUGGAACACGUCGGUGCCGCUCAGGACAAUCAUCCGCCACCAGGUCCUUCGUGAGCUCUGCAGAGAGCUGGACCGGGACGUGACAAGCAUCCAGACCUCGGCCAAUGCUCGCACCCCCUUCGCCAGCAUGCAGCAGGUGCUGAGGCAGGAGAAGAUGCCAGCUUCGUACCUGGAGCAAGAGAUGGUCCUCAAUCAGAUGCUCUGCGACGGUUCGCCCGUGUGGAAUAUCGUCUAUGCCUGCAAGGUAUACGGCGCCGUGGACCUGAACGCUUUGGGCUCCGCAUUCCAGCAGACAGUGGCGCGGCACGAGGUUCUCUGCUCUCGUUUCCACAACGAGAACGGUACCAUCAUGCGUUCUCUUUCAGACCCUCUCGCUCCCAGUCAUGCCAGCUGCAGCGAGGACAAAGUGGACGACUUCAUCUCCCAGAAAAUGCAGCAGCCACUGGAUCCGUUUACGGACAGUCUGAUCCAACUGCAUGCGGCAACCGUAACGCCAUGGAAGACAGUGCUCGUCUUCGUCAUGUCGCACAUCGUCGGUGACGGCCCGACGCUCUACAGAGUCCUCCACGAAACUUCGGCCGCAUACACCCGCAUCACCAGCGGCACCCCGCUCCCACCGGCACCCUCCGCCCAGCUUUCCUACCUUGACUGGGCCCACUGGGCGCUCCCAGACACCACAGUCGACAGCGAAACAGCCACUUUCUGGCAGUCUACCCUCUCCUCACGCCGCCCCGCCCUCCCGGGGCCCCGUCUCCACAGCCACCACGGCAAACCCCUAUCGGCAACCUACCGCGGCGACCUCUGCACCUGGAGCGUGCGGCCCCCGCUGCACCGCCGCCUCGUCCGCCUCGCCCUCGCCCACGGCCUGUCGAUGCACCAGCUCGCCCUCGCCGCCACCUUGCUCGCGCUACGCUCGCUACACCCUCCAUCGUCGUCAUCAUCACCAUCACCAGCAGGCAGCCGUACCGGCAGCACAGUCGUCGCCCUCGGCGCCCCGAUGACGCUCCGCACCGAGCCCGGCACCGAGCGCAUGCCCGGCCUCUUCCUCGACCGUCUCGUCAUCCCGCUUCCGUGGGAGGGCAGCGACGCCGACGACGACACCAACGACGACAGCCUCAGCGCCCUCUUCGCCACCGUGCGGGAGCGCAGCAGCGCCGCCCUCGCGCGCUUCGUGCCGCACCGCGUGCUGCGCCAGCUGCUGCGAAACAAUAGACCGGUCGGCGGCCCCUGUGUCGACGACGACGACGACGAUGACGGCGAAAACUCGCCACAUCCCAGCCUGGCCCGCCCGCUCGUCGAGGUCGUCGUCGCGUUCCACACGGCGGCCGAGUCGGCGGAGCGGCGCGCGGGGCUCACGCUUCAUGCCACUGGCGCCGAGACAGCAGCUACAGCUACGGCAGAGGUUGUCGAGGUGGGCGUCGAGCAGGGCGGCGGGCGGCCUCGCGGCGUGGCCAAGUUCCCCGUCAUGGUCGAGUUCACGGACGACGGAAGCGACGGCGGGCUGCGGGUGGAGCUGGAGUGGGACGACGGCGUGGUGGAGCGCGGUGUGGCCGAGAGGCUGGAGCAGGCGCUGGCGGGCGUGUUGGAGAUGUUGGGGGCGUCCUCGUCCUCGAACCGCGGCGGCAGCGGCAGCGUGACUGCCAUUGUGGAUGCGGUGAGGGGGCUUGGUGCUGGCACUGCUGAGGGAGAUGUUGAUGGUGGAUUGCCGACGCCGGGCGAGGAGGACGAGAUUGCGGUGCAGCUGGGCGAGGCCGUGGAAUGUGCGGAUGAGGAAGCGAUGGCGCAGGUGGUGGUGCAAAUUAGAGAGGCAAUGGCCGAGUGUUUGGGCCUAUCAAGGCAGGAUAUUGGGUGCAUGCGCUCGUUUUGGGACCUGGGUGCCGAGAGUAUGGAUGCGGUCAGGCUACUGGACGCAUGUGAGAGGAAGGGUUUGCACUUGGCCUUGAGAGACAUGUUUGACUCACCUACUGCAGCUGCUCUGGCAGGGCGCUGUAAAGUCGGUGCUUAG